GUAAUUUUCAGCUCGCAUUCCCAUUUUAUCGCUCGUGCGGUGCGCAUCGGGCUGGUCGUCGUCGUGUGGCGCAAGUGAAUCGAGCGCUGUAGAUCUUGGUAGUAGUCUCCUAGUACAUGUGAGAGUGACCGGCUCUAUCGUUCGUGUGCGUGCUUGUGAGGUUCUGGUUUUUUUGCGUAGUAAAGAAACACGUGUUCUUGUAGAAGAUUUCACGGGGAAAGCUCUGUGUGUAUUAUCGUGAAAGGAAUUAUUCUGCUACGGGAUUUGUAUAACCAGCUCCGAAAAUGGCUCUUUCAACGAGUGCGAAUUUUAUCAAAUAUUUAUUAUUCUUGUUUAACUUUUUCUUUGCGAUCACGGGCGUGAUCAUUAUGGCGGUUGGCUUAACCGUGCAAGGCGCUUAUCACAACUUCCGCGACAUUCUCGACGCAAAGUUCUUCAGCAUUCCCACCUUUCUGGUGGUGAUUGGAUCGUUCAUCUUUGUGAUUGCCUUUUUCGGGUGCUGCGGCGCUUACAAGGAAAACUACUGCAUGACCCUAACGUUUUCCGUCCUGCUGAUCUUGAUCUUUAUACUGGAACUGGCGGCCGGUAUCAGUGGGUACGUGCUGCGCAAUGACACCCGCGAACUCGUGAGCAAUGCACUGAACUCAUCGAUGAAGAGCUAUGGCGGCGAGAACGCUGGUGACAUUACGCUGGUUUGGGACGAGAUUCAGGUUGAUUUCGAUUGCUGCGGAGUGUACAACAGCUCCGACUGGGGACGUGCUAAUGCGGCGAAAUUCAAUGAAACUUUCCUACCGAUGACUUGCUGCCGGCAGCAGACGGGUGCUGUCGGAUAUGUUGCUUGCCCGGAUCCCACCAGUGCCACGCUGCGCAAAACGGGAUGCAUCGAUUCGUUCGGUGAUUUCAUCAAGGCACACGCCGUAAGCCUAGGUGCUGCUGGAAUAGCACUGGCAGUGAUUCAGUUCUUUGGAAUUCUCUUUGCAUGCUAUCUGGCCAAGCAAAUCAAACUGCAAGGCGUCAGCAGCUAUUAAGGAUUGAAGUGUCCUGUCGUGUUGCGGUGUAUUUUUGAACUCAUAAAUUGUUUGAAUUCCUGCUUGGAAAGGAUCCAUUGCACACACGCAAAACAUGCAAACAUACUGUAACCAAGUUAUCUAGAUAAUA